GGCUACCGCAUUGGGAGAAUUAGAGUUCAGCGGAGCUGCUCUUCCCCUGAAUUCUCUUAGUGACAUACCAGCCGUAACAAGUGGGGGCCUGUCCGGGAUAUGUGCGAAAUGUCAAUUAGCAUUUUGUUAAUAAUUUGUUUUGCCAUUUGUAACAUGUGAUUCCCUUGGUGUUGCACUUUUAAUGUGUAUUUUCUUAGCCGUUGUAACGCAUGUUCCCGUUGGUAUUGUUUUUUUUAUUUAUUGCAAUUGACGCACGUCUCGUGCAUUUUGGUCAUUAAGACACCGGGUCACUUAAUUGUGCAGUCGGUGCAUUUUGGUGAUCUUUGGUUUUAUAAACAAUAGUCUUUGUUUAGAUUGUAACUUGACUUUUGUUGUUUGCUUGGUGACCAUUUAUGGUAUUUUGCUGUUCUUUGUGAUUUGAAACAGGUUUUGCAAUUGAUCACGCGUUUAGUACAUCCUAUCUAGUUAGCUAGCUUAUUUUCGCCUGUUUUUCUUCUUGGUGAUUCAUUAUGUUCAGUGUUGAAAGUUUCGUUGAUAAUCCAUCAGCCGAAGCGCUAUCCGGUCUCACUAAAGCCCAGUGGAGUGAGUUAGCCGCUCACUAUUGCAUCCCUAUUCGGUCAUCCUUGCGGAAGGAUGAAAUUCGUACAUUAGUGACUGACUAUUUGUUAGAACACAAUGUACUGAGUGCGGAUGAUUUAGAGCUCUUGUGUCCUCGUGAUGUCACGAUGGCCCGCCAGUAUGACCUGGAGAGCCGUAAAUUAGACUUGGAGAUGUUUAAGGCAGAGAAUGAGCGGAUGCGUCUCAUGCAGAGACCCAAUCAGGAACGUUAUCCUCAUUUUCGUGUAGAGGAUGCAAUCAAAUUUGUUCCUAAAUUCAAUGAAACCGAACCAGAGUAUUUUUUUAUUCAUUUUGAACGUGUUGCUGCCUUGCAUGGUUGGCCCGAAGAUAAGUGGGUAUUACUUGUACAUAGCGCAUUUGUUGGCAGAGCACAAGAGGUUUUCUCAGCUCUGGAUUUGGUACAAUCACAGAAUUAUUAUGUUGUAAAAGAGACUGUGUUAAAUGUUUAUAAAAAGGUACCAGAGGCUUAUAGACAAGAUUUUCGUAAUUGCCGUAAAGAUGGUAAACAAACUUUUGUUGAAUUUAUCCGCCAGAAGCAACUAUUGUGUAAAAAGUGGGUCGAGAGUGAACUUGAUGCACUCGAGUACGAUAAAUUAUUAGAACUGUUUAUACUCGAAGAUAUAAAGAAGUGCAUGCCUGUAAAGGUUCGCUCUCACAUUGACGAGCGUGGUCUGCGCACAUUAGCCGAGGUCGGUAGUGCCGCCGAUCAUUUCGCUCUCACUAAUCCUAAUUACUAUUGCAGAUCUAAUGAACCUUCAUUCCCGUCAAACCAGCAUAAUAGUAAGAGGAUGGAGUAUAGUACCAGGAGGACUGACCUGCCAGAUACCCAUAGGACUGUAAAUGCAAAGUCAGAAACAGGUGGUGAGAGUAGGAAUAUUGCCUCUCGCGGAUUUAUUAGUGCUGAUGAAUCGUGCACGUCUUCUUCCCCAGUCACUAUACUACGGGACUCGGCUGCAGAUAUAUCAUUGGUGCUCAAAGAGGCUGUUCCUAACCCUGAUUGUUACACUGGAGAGAUGGUAAUUAUCAAUGGAUUGAUAGGGUCCAAGAGCAUACCCAUUUGUGAAGUUUACCUCAAAUCUGAUUUAAUAUCCGGUUAUGUAAGGUUAGGUGUUGUUGAUAGGAUACCAAGUGAUGGCAUUUCAUUUCUUAUGGGUAAUGAUCUCGUUGGUGAUAAGGUGUGGCCUUGCCCUGUGGUUUUUCUUUUUCCCGCGAAAGAAAACAACACUGUAGAUUUAGAGAGGGAGUAUCCCGACCUCUUCCCUGCGUGUGCUGUCACCCGGAGUGCAAGUCGUAGAACCUCCCCUCCUAUCGAAGCGCUUACAACCGGUACUACAUUGUCAGAUGAGAGCCCUUGUGAUGUAAUUACUGAGGAAUUUACACUAGCUGAUUUUUUCGAUUCCUCUGCUAAAGUUUCAAGUAAAUGUACAUCUGAUAAUUCUGAUAUAGUGAAUUUCAAAGGCACUCCAGUUACUAAAGAAAAACUAAUUGAAGAACAAACUAAAGAUCCCGAUUUGAAAGUAUUUUAUGAAAGGCUUACCGAAAUAAGUGAACUUGAAAAUUCCCAUACGUGCUACUAUCUCCAGUCAGGCGUUCUUAUGCGUAAAUAUAAGCCCUAUAAUAUAUCUGCAGACGAUACAAGUAAGACUGUACAUCAGAUUGUAAUUCCCAAGUCCCUUCAGAUUGAUGUUUUGAACAUUGCACAUGACAUUAGUGGUCAUUUGGGAGUCAAGAAAACUUAUUACAAGAUUUUAGCUCAUUUUUAUUGGCCGAAAAUGAAGAGAGAUGUUAGUAGUUAUUGCCAAUCGUGCCAUAUCUGUCAAGUAAAGGGUAAACCGGGAGCUGGCAUCAAACCAUAUCCCUUGCAACCUAUCCCAGUGUUAAGAGAGCCCUUCAGUAAAGUGGUUAUUGACUGUGUAGGCCCCCUUCCAAAGACUAAACGGGGUAACAAGUUCCUGUUAACUAUAAUUGAUGUGGCCACCAGAUAUCCUGAAGCUUUUCCCCUCAGACGCAUUACUACUAAGAAUGUUGUGAAAGCCUUGAUAAAGUUUUUCACCCAGGUGGGUCUGCCUACCGUAGUACAGUCAGAUCAAGGGUCAAAUUUUACGUCCAGACUGUAUGACCAAGUCAUGAAGUCCUUGGGUAUACAGCAGUGCAGAUCCAGCGUAUAUCAUCCUCAGAGUCAAGGGGUACUUGAAAGGUUUCACUAUACUCUAAAGACAAUGAUUAAAGCCUUUUGUUUAGAGACUGGUUCUGAGUGGGACGAAGGAAUAGAUUUGCUUCUAUUUUCGGUGAGGGACAGUGUUCAAGAGAGUUUAGGGUAUUCACCAUUUCAAUUAAUUUACGGCCAUGAAGUGCGUGGACCACUGAAAGUCUUAAAGGAGUGUUGGUUAAAUGAGGAGGAAGAAAUUCCUAUGGCUGCUUAUGUGAAUAAAUUUAAACAUAGAUUACAAACGGCUAUUUCAAUAGCCCAUAAUCAUUUGAGUAAAGCUCAGGCUAAAAUGAAAGAACAGUUUGAUAAAGUACAUAAUACUGAAGAAAGAAGCUUCAAUAAGGGUGAUUUAGUUUUGGCCUUGCUACCUCUUGCUAACCAGCCUCUUCAAUCUCGAUAUGCGGGUCCAUUCCGUAUUUUAAAACGAACUAGUGAUGUUAAUUAUGUAAUUGAAACCCCUAAGAGACGUAAGAAACAACGUCAUGUACAUGUGAACCUCCUGAAAAUGUACUAUGAACGGGGUGAUUUGAAAGAAAAUAUGGAAAAUGUAAGAGGUUUCCAUGCAAACAUUGGUUCUCUUCUACAGGAGUAUGGUAAACUAUUCAGUGAUGUACCUCGUCUUUGCCCAUUGCUGGAACACGAUGUUGAGACUAGGGAUGCUCAACCAGUACGCCAAGCUCCCUAUCGCCUCAAUGCAGAGAAGAGGGCAUUCCUACAGGCAGAGGUUCAACGCCUGAAAGAACAGGGGAUCAUCAUUCCCAGCCUUAGCCCCUGGGCAUCACCCGUGGUGCUAGUUCCCAAGAGUAGCGGUACUUACCGUCUGUGUGUGGACUACAGGAAGGUGAAUGCGGUAACUGUGGCGGACUCGUUUCCCCUCCCGAGGAUGGAUGACAUUAUUGAUGAUUUGGGGAAGGCACGCUACCUGACGAAACUGGAUCUUCUCCAGGGCUACUACCAAGUUCCGUUGACUGAGAGGGCGAGGCCGAUUUCUGCGUUUGUCACUCCUACCGGCCUCUACGAGUUCAGGGUUCUUCCGUUCGGGAUGAGGAACGCCCCAGCGACCUUUCAGCGACUCAUGAAUUACCUGACAGCGGACCUGGAAGGCGUUCGUUGUUACCUCGAUGACCUCGUAAUCUGGAGCGACUCCUGGGAGGAACAUUUGGUCCGCUUGCGGGCGCUCUUCUCGGCCCUGUCGGCCGCCAAUCUCACGGUAAACCUACAGAAAAGUGAAUUUGGACACGCCCAUGUCACCUUCCUGGGUCACGUGAUCGGUCAGGGCCUGGUCGCACCUGUAGCUGCAAAGGUGGAAGCUGUUCUACAGUAUCCCGCGCCCGUAGACAGAAAAGGCUUGAUGCGCUUCAUGGGGAUGGCUGGCUACUACAGACGAUUCUGUAAGAACUUCUCUCAGGUAUCUGCCCCUUUAACAAACUUGCUGAGUACUAAACGGGCAUUCAGGUGGUCAGAUGAUUGUCAGCAAGCUUUUGAAAACCUGAAGCACCUCUUAUGUACGGCUCCCGUCUUGCAGGCUCCUGACAUUAAUAAACCGUUUGCAAUACAGGUGGACGCUAGUGACAAUGGUGUGGGAGCGGUCCUCUUGCAGAGAGACGGAAGUAAAGUGCUCCGCCCAGUGUGUUAUUUUUCUUAUAAAUAUAAGACAUAUCAAAAGUCUUACGCCACCGUCGAAAAGGAGGCUUUGGGAAUAGUGUUGGCCAUUGAAAAGUUUAGAAUUUAUUUAACUAGUUCCAUCCAUCCUCUUGAAAUUUUCACUGAUCAUAAUCCGUUAACGUUUAUUGAAAAUGUGAAGUUUAGAAACAUGCGAGUGUUAAGGUGGGCACUAACAUUACAGCCAUUCAAUAUAAAAUUCUUCCAUAUUAGUGGCAGACACAAUAUCCUUGCGGACGCACUCUCAAGAUCGUAGGUGAUCUGCACACAGUGGCCGCUGACUCGACACUGGGAAGGACAGAGGACAGUAGUACGCUACUGUCGCCUGUCUAUGUAAACAAGCUGUUUGACUGUAGACUAGAUAGUGAAACUUUUUCCCGUGCGGGAAAAAGUUUUUUUUCUUGCGGGGAGGGGUAUUAAAGUAAAAUCAAUAAUUAAGUAAAGGGCGAAAGCAAAGCAUUGAACUAGGCAGUUCCUGCAGUAGCGUUCGCCCCCCCCCCCAUCUCCGUCUUGAGCGCUACCUGUGUUCCUUGGCAGAUUUGCCUCGGUCACUUCUCCUUUGCCAUAGGCCUGGGCGAGACCUCUCUGCCGGCUGCUGUUUCUUUUUUUUUUUUUUUAAAGGUUUGUAAUACUUUGUUAGGGAUUAG